GCCCAAUUAGCAGUGAGCUAAGCAGGGUUUAUGUUUAGCUUAGCAACCGCUGGGGCGUCCCGGAGGCCCCGUCGGGGUGUCUCUACGGGCGGAGGCCCCAGUCCCCAGUCCCUACCCUCAGCCCGGUGGCGCUGGCAGCACCGUGGGUCUCCGGGGUCUCGCAGCACCAGGGCAGAGGGUCUGCUCCGCGCGGAGGUGGCAGCCCCUGUCUCCAGCCUCAGCGUCCUGCGGACCCCCUGGAAUCGGUCUCCAGUGGUGCGGGGCUGAGCGCCCCCAGGUGUCCCUCUGCGAGGGGCGAGAACCAGAGGUCCCCGGGGGCUCCGCGGAGCACGGGGUCCCCAGGACCCCCACCACCGCUCGGCACCACCCUCCCCGGAUCCCUGCGAGCGGCAGUGGAUGGAGCCCCGAAGCCCGGCUCCCCGAGGCCUUGAGGUUGCAGCAGCAGCAGCGGGGACGGCAUCUCCGAGGCUGGGACAUGAAGGUCGCAGUGCUGGACCUCGGGUCCCUCUUUGCCAAAAUCUUCAAGACUUCUAUGGCGCCCCCGGGAGUUCCCUCACCUGUCGCCUCCUCCAGCCACGCAGAAGGCGCUGCCAGCUCCGGGCUGGCAGCCCCCACCCUGACCCUCCUCCCCGCCCUGGCGCCCGACUCACCCUCCACCUCGCGGGUGGCGCCGGCCGCGCUCCAUCCUCGGCUCACCGCCUCCUACCCCAGGGUCUCAGUCGCGAGCCGCGGGACGGAAGCACUAGGGACCCCCUUCUCACUGCCCAGUAGCCCGAGAGCAGCCAAAGUCCAGGCCCUGCCCCCGGCCCCCUCCGGCGGGGGCUGCAGCACCGCGAGCUCCCCGGCUCACCUGGCGGCGCUGGCGCGGCCGCCCCCCGGCCCUCCUGGCGGGGUGUGGGCCGCGCUGCCGUCUAUCGGGGGCUCCACGGGCAGCAGCGGUUCAGCCUCGAGCCCCCGGAACUCCCGCCAGCCUGGCCCCGGAGGCCGAGAGCCCAGCGCUGGGAUGCCCCCUGCACCUGGCCCCAAGACCCUCUUCUUCACCCUGCCGGACAUCGGCGAGGAGUGGGCCUCGGACAGCGACCCGGAGGAGGGUGGAGACGCAAGAGGACUGUCCAAAGGAUCUGGAAAACACAGUAUUUCUGGGAAAAACGAAGAUCCUCUACCUACACGUUUUACAAGAAAUGUGCAGAAAGCCAUCGGUAAAUAUACCUGUGAAUCCUCCUCGUCAUUUUCCUCCAAUGGAAGCCCCGCCCCCACGGAAGGCCACAGCUCUUGGUCCGGGUCCGGGUCCGGGACGCGGAGCCCCCCCACCGGCGUGUCCACCGAAAGGAGCUCCAUCUGCUCUUGGAGAGAUGAUGAGUUUGACAAAAGCAGUGCGCAGAAGGUACAGCAGCUGUUCCGGGAGGUGGAGGAAAUGUUGUUUGAAGGGAAAGUGAGCCCUCCCACCCAGAACCUGGUGGCCGAAUGCACCGAGUGGGCGAGGCGGUCCGUGCACCUGAGAGUAUUGGGAAGACAGAUCGUCCUGCCCACUGAUGAAGGGGUGCGCCACUUCCAGGGCAGCGAGCCUCGCUCCACAGCCCACGGACCCUCGGACACCCGUGAACGCAACGGCAGCAUCAGACAGUUGUGCAUCUCCGGCUCUCAGAUACUCCCAGCAGCACUUGCAGCCCCAGCCGAGCCAGGCCCCGACUGCACAGGGGCGGCCGACCGCUUGGCAUGUCCAUCCCUGCAAGAGGAGGUCUAUGACGUGGAAGGGAAGAUCGAAGAGUAUUUCGCUUUCGACUGGAAAGAGGAAGACGAUGAACGCCCCGGGCGAACAUCAGCUCGCCGUUACCGGACGUGGCAUAGGCACGGACUUCCGCCCGUGUCCCCACACGCCUGUAUCAAAGAUGCUGUGGCCGCAGAAGUGUUCGAUCGUGUCUGGACAAACGUGGUAGAAAUAUUGGAGGAGCUGGUGAGAAAAAACUGGGAAGUUACGUUCACAGGGGGAAAAACCCAGAAGGAAAAAUUGAAAGCAGCUGAGACGAGAUCUCCACAGGCCCUUGUUUCCCGUAUGACCUCCGAUGUCUCAAGUGCUCCUCCGUCCAGAAGUUCAGAAACUCGAAGCGUGUCCCUGGCUUCUCACCCUAACCCGCCUCCGAUUCAUCGCUCCAACCAUUUUUACAGUGAUCUGAAUGGUGUGAUGACAAUUCAAGCAAAACCACUUCAACAGAGACCCACCUACUUGGCCGAUAGGACACAGAAUGACCCAGAGGACAGAUCAGUGGGUGUCGGGGCCAGUGCUCUGUCCUCGGCGCGCCGCCACCUGGGACGAACCUCAGACACGCGUGGGCUACAGACUCCUGCCAAGAAAACACCGGUCCACAGGAGGCUGCCUUCUCUUCCUGCAGACCCACAGAGGCUGAGAACCCCCACUGUGGACAGCGAUGAGCUGCACAGGGGAACGAAACCACACACUGGCCUAGAGCACCUGUCCUCCCCGCUGGCCCCAGCUCCGCGGACCAGGCUGCCCCCAAUAGGCUCCGAGGCUGCCGAACGGAACGUGGCACUUCCCGGGUCUCGCCCUGCUUCCUACAGAGGAAGGCACACACACCGAGUGUUAAGCGCAGUACCUGAUAAUAUGGUCCGAUCACCUCGUCACGAAAGACCCUUGGCCACCGAACAGCUUUCAAGGCCCAGCACAACCCAUACGUUUCGGUCAGACACGCCUCGGAAAGGCUCGUUGACACUGGUGGAGUUGGCUGGCCACACCUGGACAGGUCAAGGUUUCCUGGCAGGCUCACAGUAUCCAUCCAAAUCUUUUCAGAGGACAACUUGGACCGUAAGAAAGAGAUUCCAGGUGGCGUCGUGAUACUACUCCGCCGGAGCUGCAGCGCCCUGUGGGAGAGUUCAGAGCCUCCCACUCACCAUGGAACAAUGGAAGAGCAAGUGUUAUAUUGUGUAUCUGUUGGCCUGCUGGUCUGAGACAUUAAACUAUCUGAAAGAAAUGCAGACAAACAACUUCAUUUUGAACACUUUGCGUCAUCAACAGAAUGCAAGUCAAACUCACAAAUCUUAUCGGAAGCAUUCCAAUAUGGAUUCUUUAGGCUUUGCUCAGAAGAAUCCUAUAUAUAUUUAUGAUUCAUCCUUUUACCAGUUAUACACAAACAUACACAUAAUUAACGUACAUGUUCACCCACUGCUUAAUAUAUGGAAGUAUAUUUUCUAGUAGUAUGCCAUUUUAUAGCUUUGUGUCUUGACCUGUUUUUAGGUAUGUCUUGUUCCAUGACUAAUUCCAUCAGAAUCCUAGUCACUAACAGAUAUGAUUUCCUUCUUUAGAAAAUAGCCCGGUCAUCUGCGGUGCAGCGUGCCUGUGGGACUGAGGUCCAGGCUGCCCUAGUCGUUGUCUGUAGUUUAGUCCCGAACCUCUUUGAGGAGGGACAGCAGCCUCCCAAGCCGAUUUUGUUGAGCUGGUUUUCCCGUUCAAAUUCAGGCGCUCGGUUUAGAAGUAUCCCCUGUUUAUUGUGUUUUAAAGCCAAUCGACUGAUUUUGAUUAUGAUGACUAUAAACAUAAUUAAAGGGUGUUGCAUGUGGUUUCAUCUUUAUUGUUUACAAUGGAAGAGUCCAUCCAUCGGAGAGAAGGCUCCGCAGCAGCACCUUCCUCAUCUCGUCGCAACCUGACCUUUCCCCGGGUGUCCCCUGUGGACGUAAAACCUUCCCCCAUCCCUCCGUCUAAAGCAGCAGUGCCCUCCUCUCUCUGUGCUCGCGCCCUGCUUUCUGCUCCUCCAGAGCCUGGGUCUCUGCUGACACGGACACAGGUGGUGGAACAGAGGCUGCGGAGAGGAGAUAGAUGAUCCUUCGGAGGCCAGGCUCCCUCUCGGGCCAUUUCUCCUUCCCUUCUCUCCCCGGUGGUUUCUCUUUGUAGCAAUUUAAACCCGCAGGCCCAUUUUGAUCUUCUCGGAUCGUAACUUGCCAUAAUGUCUUCUUUUCUAUCAGAGAAUUAUAUUUUGUCAAUUUAACUUUUAUUAAUCCAAAAGGAAACUUUACAUAUAUCGGUAUAUAUAUUCCUACAAACGUCUAAUAAAUUAUUUCUGGUUGGAAGAAGAGAGGAUCGUUGCCCAUUUAUGGAUGUCCGGAAACGAAGAAGUGUGUUGGGACUGAAAUUCGUGGUGUCCUUUAUCACGGAGCGACAAAACAACAGUGGCCUCAGAGGCCCGCCUUUGAUCGCCACGUUUUCCUUGGCACCCUCUGCUUGAACUCCUAUAGUGAUGGCGAAUGUUAGGGAGUGGGCAGUGUUAGAGAACAGUCGCUGUAGCUCUUUUGGAUGGCCACAGCCCUGUAACUCCGGGCAAUGUUCCUGAUGCUUAGUAACAUGCACAGAGAGUUUUCUAACUGUCCCUAAAUAUCAGCUAGAAAAUACCAGUCUCCAUUUUGCAGUUGUCAAACACGAGGAAUUUCUAGACAUGUAUGCGGUCCGGAGCCCCUGAUCCUCAGGGGCUCUGGUUAAGUGCUCUCUGGUCCAGAAUUACCGCUAAAUGUGCCAUUUCCAUCUCCCUGGCUCCUGCAAAACCGGUCAGGUUAUUUUAUGCCAAUUUCUGAGGACCAUCCAAGUCCUUCCCUAAUCAGCCCAGACUUCUUAGAAGAGAAGAGGAUUGGUAUGCAUCCUCUACUAACAGUAGAGUAUCCAAAAUGAAUUAUUUUUUUCAUGUAGAGAAGCACUGAGUAGAUUUUAUGGUAGCUUUAUUUUAUUUGGCUUUGGAGUUUUGCAACACCAACAAAAAGAACUACUAUUUACUUAUAUUGAUAAAAAAUACUUUAAAAACUAGAACCAAGUACAGUGACCCCGAUGCAUUAUCUUCUGGAUGUUUUCAACUGGAAGGUAAAGUACCACUUCGGACGUAAGGAGAAGACAGGGCUCCGCCCCUGAGUUUGAAGAUUCCUGCUCGUAGCGUGUGUUUCUACCCUGUGAGAAAGAUGGUGCUCUACUCACGGGUCAGCUGGGGGUUAGGGGUUAGUCAGCAAUCGUUAUACCUGGGAUGGUGCCUUUUGAACAGAUUAGGUAAAAAAAUUAGGGCAGUGUUUCAUGCUAAUCAUUGAUAAAUUAGUCAUCUUAAAAUUUCUCUGUGGAAAAUUGUAAAAGGCAAACUAAAUUACUCCUGAGAUCAAUUUUUAAACCAAGAUUAAUGACUACAUUAAUAAAAUGCCUGUUAAUUUAUCCAAAAGCAAAGAAGGAAUGAAGGGAUUUAAAAGUAAUAUAAAGACAUGUAAAAUAUCAUAAAACUGCUAGAUUUUAUAAAUUUAACAGAAGAGGAAGUGUGUUGUUAUUCUGAACUAGAACAAUUAACAUACCAAUUAGGAGGUACAUUUUGUAAUAUAAAUCAUUUGUGUAUCAUAAUUUUACUGUUAUUGUUUUAUGACUACAGAUCAUUGUUCAGGAUUUUUAAUUCUUUAAUUUUUAAUAAAGUGUUGAAAGAGUUUUAAA